AUGGUUUCGAUUCCAGAAUAUUAUGAAGGAAAGAAUGUCUUGCUCACAGGUGCCACUGGUUUCCUGGGGAAGGUGCUUCUUGAAAAGUUACUUCGGUCUUGUCCUAAAGUGAAUUCAGUGUAUGUAUUAGUGAGACAAAAAGCUGGCCAGACCCCGCAAGAGCGUGUGGAAGAAGUGAUUAGUGGCAAGCUUUUUGACAGACUGAGAGAUGAAAAUCCACAAUUUAGACAAAAAAUCAUAGCAAUCAGCAGUGAACUCACACAGCCGAAACUGGCCCUUAGUGAAGAAGACAAAGAGAUUAUCUUAAAGUCUACUAAUAUCAUAUUCCACUGUGCAGCUACCGUCAGAUUUAAUGAAAAUUUAAGAGAUGCAGUUCAGCUAAAUGUGAUUGCUACUCGACAGCUUAUUCUCCUUGCACAGCAAAUGAAGAAUCUUGAAGUAUUCAUGCAUGUAUCAACAGCUUAUGCAUACUGCAAUCGGAAGCAUAUCGAUGAAAUAGUCUAUCCUCCUCCUGUUGACCCCAAGAAACUGAUUGAUUCUCUAGAGUGGAUGGAUGAUGGCCUAGUAAAUGACAUCACUCCCAAACUUAUAGGAGACAGACCUAAUACUUACAUAUAUACAAAAGCCUUGGCUGAAUAUGUUGUACAACAAGAAGGGGCAAAGCUAAAUGUGGCAAUUGUAAGGCCAUCAAUUGUUGGUGCCAGUUGGAAGGAGCCUUUCCCAGGAUGGAUUGAUAACUUCAAUGGACCAAGUGGUCUCUUUAUUGCUGCAGGGAAAGGAAUUCUUAGAACAAUGCGUGCCUCCAACAAUGCCCUUGCCGAUCUUGUUCCUGUAGAUGUAGUAGUCAACACAAGUCUCGCAGCAGCCUGGUAUUCUGGAGUUAAUAGACCAAGGAACAUCAUGGUAUAUAACUGCACGACAGGCAGCACUAAUCCUUUCCACUGGGGUGAAGUUGAAUACCAUGUAAUUUCUACUUUCAAGAGGAAUCCUCUCGAACAGGCCUUCAGACGGCCCAAUGUAAAUCUAACCUCCAAUCACCUUUUAUAUCAUUACUGGAUUGCUGUGAGCCAUAAGGCCCCAGCAUUCCUGUAUGAUAUCUACCUCAGGAUUACUGGAAGAAGCCCAAGGAUGAUGAAAACAAUAAGUCGUCUGCACAAAGCUAUGGUAUUUCUAGAAUACUUCACAAGUAAUUCUUGGGUUUGGAACACAGACAAUGUCAAUAUGUUGAUGAACCAGCUAAACCCUGAAGACAAAAAGACAUUUAAUAUAGAUGUACGACAGUUGCAUUGGGCAGAGUAUAUCGAAAACUACUGCAUGGGAACUAAAAAGUAUGUAUUGAAUGAAGAAAUGUCUGGUCUUCCUGCAGCACGGAAACACCUGAACAAGUUGAGGAACAUACGCUAUGGUUUCAAUACUGUCCUUGUGAUUCUGAUUUGGCGUAUUUUUAUCGCAAGAUCACAAAUGGCAAGAAACAUCUGGUACUUUGUGGUUAGUCUGUGUUAUAAGUUCUUGUCCUACUUUAGAGCAUCCAGCACUAUGAGAUACUGAAGAAAAGAAUUUAGCAUUAGGACAUCUAUGCAUAUGGUGGUCUUAACUGCACAAAACCUGUAAAAUGUACUUAAGUUAUCUCACUUUUUGUCAAGACAUUAAACCAUCUUAGAUCUGGAGUGUGGAAUAAAUGACAGUACAUUUUCUGUAACAUUUAAAUGUGUUUACUCACAGAAACCUAGACAAUAAACGGUUGGAUGUCAGCUAAA